AUGCUGAAAGCGCUGCGCUAUCCGAUGCUCUACCGUAAUCACCGGGCAUUACUCUGGGCGCUGUUGAUUGCGGUUGGGAUCUUGGGGCUGGUGCUUUGGUGGCCGGCUGGCUAUCGGAACCGGAAUGGCACGGAUGCGGCGAUAUUGUUUGAGAAAACCGUCCGGGAGCGUGUCGACAUCAAGGCGAAACACGUGGAAACGUUUCAACUGGCGAUUUCCCGGAUCUCCGAUGAAGACCUAAAACGCGCCACGCAGAUCGUCUACUGGAUCUGCCCCUCGGCCGACGACUGUCUCCUCCAAGCCCCGUUCUUUGAUAUGGGCGCGAAAUUUCGGGUCUCCAAGCAGUACAAGCUAAACGCGUGCGCGAUCUACAAAAACAUGUCGACGGUGUUGACGGCUAUUAUGUGCUACCUCUUUGACUCGACGCUGAUUAGGGACGCCAGCAACUUCCGGAAUCAAUGGAAUAGCAAUCGGUCGUGCAUCGGGAAGAACGAGUUCUGGGUGCUGCGCGAUGUCGAGAAUCUCCUCGGCGACCGCUUCAGUAAGCUGAACAACUUCGCGCUGGUCAGGGAGCCGAUGGAGCGUUUCCUGUCGGGGCUGAUCAACCAGUGCACGGAACUAGAACGAUGCGGGGAGUGCAAAGAUGCAGCCUGCCUGCUGGGGAUGCUGGAUGAAAAUGGACGAGAGACGGUGCGUACCGGCGACUUUCGGCUUGGGCAUCGCGGGUACUCGGUAGAAGAACACGUCAAUCUACACUUCUUGCCCCAAUCGUGGCAAUGCAAAUUCGAUCGAUACCUCAACGACUACCAGCUGCUGAAAUACACCAGCUCCGACACUGACGGUAUCGCCGCCCAGAUGUCUGCCCUCUUCAAGCAGGUCGGGGUCUCAGCGGAGGAAAUCGAUUUUAUUGAGGAGCAACUCAAGGGCGGGCGCUCGAUCCACUCAACUCUUGGCAACGAGAAGCGGACACGAGCCGAGCGGGAGUUGACUCACAGCCCAGCCCUGAUGCGUCGCUUCAUGGCCCUGUUCUUUUUCGACUACAUCCUCCUCGGAUUCCCACUCCCCCGCGUUGAAGCCAUCCCAUUU